AUGCAAUGGCGUCGUUUGCUGAUGUGGCAAGCAAGCUUGGAAACAUUUAGCUUCGAAGCCGUUCAGACAACCUACGUGACCGGAAUAGCGAGGCAAAUGGCGAGUGAUUCGUUGUGGCGACAUCUACCGGAGUCGGUGUCGUUAGAUAUUUUUUGUGCAGAUUUCGUGAAAGCUGGAGCAGAGCAAGGCUUAACGCCAUCCGACGUGGUGCUCGCUGCUGAUAUCACAUUUUCCUGCGUGGCUGAUCCCCAAGCUGCCAAAGACAUGGUGUUUGGAAACUGUGGAGUCCUUACGGAAAUAUCUCCAGAGAAAGGAUACGUGGAGAUGACUGGCAUAGAUGCGGAAACGUCACAAGAUAUUGCUGAGGCAAUAACAGCAAAGGGUGGCCGUUAUUUGGAGGCCCAAGUACAGGGUAGCAAAACACAGGCGCAAGAGGGUACUUUAGUGAUUCUCGCGGCUGGCGAUCGAACCCUGUUCGAUGAAUGCCAAUCUUGCUUCGAAGCAAUGGGGAAAAACAGUUUUUACCUUGGCGAAGUAGGCAAUGCUUCCAAAAUGAAUCUCGUGCUUCAACUGAUGGCAGGCGUUACUCUUGCUGGUUUGGCCGAAAGUAUGGCUCUAGCAGAUCGAGCCGGUCUUCAGCAAAAGGAUGUUCUUGAAGUUUUGGAAUUAACAUCGUUGGCAUGCCCUGCUAUUCUUGACAAAGGAAAAGCGAUUAUCGAGGGUGGUUUUCCAACGCAAUUACCACUCCAACAUAUGCAAAAAGACUUAAGACUCUCUUUAGGUAUGAGCGAUCAAUUAGAGCAGCCAUUACCACUAGCUGCAGCAGCGAAUGAAGUUUACAAACAUGCUAAACGCCUCGGUUAUGGAGAACACGAUGCCUCCGCUGUUUACAUCAGAGCCAGAAGCCGAGACGCUGGCAAAUGACGCGUCAUCUAUUCGGUCAUACGAAGUAGCAAAUAAUGGUAUAUUCAUUGGUGUGAGUGCAAUCAUGUUUGCAUCGCUGAGACUUUGA